AUGCCAACCGACUUGGACUUCGGCGAGGAAGAAGAGACUAAACCUGGGCAUGGGCAGCCCGGCCCGGAUGGCCCGACCCGACCCGGCCUAAAAAUCCCGGGCUGGGUCGGGCCUGAUCGUCCCAUCAGACCGGGCUCAGGCCUGGAAAAUGAGCCUGACAGACAAACCUGGCCGGGCUCAGUUUAUGGCGACCGAGGCGCUCAAUUCAGCCGGCUGAUCGAGCCAAUCUCUAAGCGAAGCCCCUGCUUCCACGAUACCAAAACCCUAAAACGGAACUCCGCAGAGCGACCGACGGAGUCGGAGCAAACGAUCUACGGUACCGCUGCCACCAUGGAAACAGGCCAGCAGAUGCAGGAUCCGGCCGAGCAGGCGGGGGACGAGGAGCAGGAGACCAGGAAUAAUGCUGAACUGGGAUACAGCGUCGUUCCUAGCGAGAAGAGGUUCCUGGUUCUACACGCUUUCCUGAAGAGGAAACAGUCUAGCAAGAAGGUCAUGGUGUUGUUCUCAUCACGUAGUUCAGUCAAGUUCCACGCACUGCUUCUAAACUGUCUCGAGAUAGAGUGCGCCCAUAUCCACGAGAAACAGGAGCAGCUCAACCGAACUGCGACAUUCUCUGGCUUCUGCACGGCAGAGAAGGGUGUCUUGCUAUGCACUAACGUGGCGGCACGUGGGCUUGAUCUUCCUCAUGUGGAUUAUAUUGUGCAAUACGAUCCUCCGGCAGAUGAACCAGAGGAUUACAUUCACCAUGUUGGACGUACUGCACCUGGUGAUAAAGGAAGAGCAACUGUAUUGUUAUUCUUACUGCCCCAAGAAUUAGAGUUUCUUAUCUUCCUGAGGGCAGCCAACAUUGAUCUCACAGAACACGAGUUUAACAACAAGGAUGUGCCAAAUCUGCAAGCACAGUUUGAGAAAAUCGUUGGCGAGAACUACUUCCUACAGCAGUCAGCUCAACAAGCCUACAGAUCCUACAUCCUAGCAUACAACUCACACUCCAUGAAAGAUAUCUUUAAUGUUCAUGGUCUCAAUUUGAAGGACGUAGCUGCAUCAUUCUCCUUUAGGAACCCUCCAAAAGUGGAUGUUGGCCUGGUGGGCAGAGCUUUGAGGAAAGUAGGUUAUAACAGAAGCGCUGAUUCUAGAGAGAGGCGAAAGAGGCGUUGCAUCAGUGCUGCAAAUCCUUUAUAACAACAGGCAGUUUGCAAGAUUCUAGAGAGGACCAGAUUUUCUCGGUGGUUUACUAUGUCAGAGGUGAUAACACCAGAGCUCUGAAGUAACUUGGCUCUAUACAAUUUUGCUAGACGGCUUGAUAUUCAUUAUGGUAUCAGAGGUGUAGUGCGGUUUACCUGUUGAAUCUUACUAUGUAAGCUUAAUCCUUCUUUGCCCUAUUUUAAAAUUUUACUACGGAGGAGUCCAAAAUUGAGGGAGAAAACCUAGAAAUGUUUACGACAGCAGCAUCUCAUCUUGAUGAUUCCUGAGAUCCUACCACUGACAAAGGAGUAGUGAGCCAAGCGGACUAUGAUUCAGUCAGGCAAUUAUAACCUGUGUAGAACACAGGAAAGAGGAAAUAAAUUAACUAAGCGGGCGCGCAGGCGAUGCAGGCCAGGUAGAAGAAGACGGCGGAGGCGCCGUCGCCCUGCUCGCCGCCGCCGGCCAAGUAGCUCCGCUUGAACCUCCCCCGCUCCCCGGCCUCGCUGCUGCACCUCAGCAUCUUCCUCUUGAUCGCGGCGAUCGCGUCUCCGCCACCUUGCCUCCUUCUCCUCCUCCUUGUCGACGUCGUCUCCCUCUUCACCCCCUCCGUGGCGGCGGCAGCCCCGUCACCUUGGUCUUGGUGUGUGAGCCGGUGCACCAUCUCGAUCUGUGUGUGGAGUCUAUCUGUUGAACGCCUCACUCUGUAGCUGUUGCCGGGAACGAGACCGCGCGGUGCUCCUUUUAUAAGCGGCCGGCGACAUGCU